AAACCUGCUUGCAGGAUAAGCUCACUCACAGUCCCGUUGGCAGGAGGCCUGUUUUUCAUGGCACGGACCUCUUGAGUGUCCCCAGGAUAUGGCAUCUGGCUUCCCUCAGAACACGUGAUCCCAGAGAGACCAAAUCAGAAGCUACAAUGUCUUUUGUGAUGCAGCCUCGGAAGUCACACAUCACUUCUGUCAUUCUAACCAACCCGUCAGUGUGGGAGGAUCAAUCGAAAGGCAUGAAUACCAAUAGACAGGGAUCAUCGGGACCCACGUGGGAGGCCCGCUACCGUUGAGGGUCUGACAGUGAUGAUGAUGAUGAUACCUUGGAGAAUCUUAAAAUCUCAUCUUUGUAUGAUAGCCGGUUGUCCAAACUAUAAUAAAAGAGUCAAAUGAAGUUUCUUCCACUAGGUGGCAGUACUUGUCCACAUCCUGACCUUCAUGAAAUAAGCACGUGUUGGACACCGACUUUCUGACAGAUACUAUUCCAGGUGCUGGGGUCUCAGAGAACGGAAAAGGCAUGUUCCUACCGGUGCAGAAUUAACAGCUGAGUGAGUCAAUUCUUGUAGUAGAGCAUAAUAAGUGUUUUGUUUAUGAUAGAGAUCAGAACAAUGCUGGGCACAGGGGUACCUAGAGAAGGGUUGUGCCAGUAGGGUUCUUGAUUGGCAAGGAAUAUGAGAUUGAGGAAGGGUGGCAGGACCAGAGUGGCUCAGGUCCUGAGAGAAAGACAGAAAAUGUGGUCAGAGAGAAAGACAGUGUGUACAUCUCAGAUAAAGAAGAGCCUUGAACUGAGCAAAGGAUUUGGGACACAUUCUAGAAUGUUUGGGAAGUCAAUGAAGAGUUUUAAGCAGAGGAUUCUUUAUCAGACGUUGCUUACUUCUGAGCAAUAGAGACUAGCUUUGGCUAAGAAGAAAAGGAACAUGUUUAAAAGGAUUCUGGAUAGCUCAGGGAAUUUGGGGGAGGACUAAAGAAGUGGUUCCUGGAUAAUUCCAGAAAUGGAACUGAACCACACUGCAGAACUGGCCUGAUGAGGAAACUAUCAUGAUUGGGAUUGCUGCUGCUGCCCCACCCGGCCCCGGAGGAAACUGUCACCCUGACAGGAACCACUGUGGAAUGGCUGCCACCUUCAUAUGCCACAUGUUUUUGCAGCCUCCUGCACCAACAAAAUGCCAGGCUUCCAAAAGAACCUGUUUCCUCACUUUGCUCACUUCUAAAUCAAAGGCUCAUAGGGAUGCAUCUGCUUGAGGGAGAUCGAGUCCCAUGUCUGAGUCCUGGCUACAAAGGAGAAUGGGAUUGGGAGUCUGAACUCCUUCCUUGGGAAGGCAAGACUUAAAAUAAUUGGAAUUUCUGCCAGGUGUAGACAGGCCGUUCAAAAGAUGAUAGGAAGCCAUGAGUCUGACAGGUGUACACCACAAGGGGCAUAGGUCAGAUCUGAAAAGUGAAUCUAUCACUGGUCAAGUACAGGGGAUACACCACAAGGGGCAUAGGUCAGAUCUGAAAUGUGAAUCUAUCCCUGGUCAAGUACAGGGGAUAUAUAUUAGAUCAGAGUUCCUCAACCUUGGCACUGUUGACAUUUGGGGCCUCGUAAGUCGUAGUUGUGGAGGACUAUUCUGUGCCUUGUCAGAUGUUCAGCAGCAUCCCUGGUCUAUCCACAAAUGCUACUAGAAACCUCUCUCUCAGUUGUAAGAGCAAAAGAUGUCCUCAAACUUUGCCCCAUGUUCCCCGGAAGGCAAAAUUGUCUUGAAAUUAGGGACCGGCUCAGUUAGGAGACUCUUUUGGUAACUGAAAGAAGAAAGCAAUUAGCGGGAUGACAGUAAGAAUGUAGACAAUGGGUGAGCAGGGAUGAUGUUACAGAGGUAGACAUAAUAGAAGUUAGAAAAUGGCUAUAUUUGGAGGCCUUAUUGGUUAGGAUACAGCUUCAGCUACCCUAACAGAGAUCUGAAUAGUAACCUAAAAAAGAUAGAAGUCUGUUUCUCUCUGAGAUACCAUUCUUGGAGAAAACAGUGCAAGGCUAAUAUGGUGGCCAUCUUUAAAGACCAUCUACCACAGUCCACCUCUCAGUACUGUGUAACCCUGGAUAAAUUACUACCUAUAAAAAUGAAAAUAGUAACAAGAAUGUAUCAGACAGCCGUGUUGUAAAGGUUAAGUGAGGGAAUACCUUUGGUUGUCUUUUGUUUUAAGCCACUACAUUUGAGAUCAUUUGUUAAAACAACCGAAAACUAAUCUACCUGGGAUCCUUGUCUCAAUCAUUUGCCCAGUAGGGUGUAACCACUGGCAUGGCAGAAGUAAUCCAAUCACAGGGAUUUAGCAGGGUCCUGGAAGAGAACCAGAGCAUCUCCAAGGCACUGCCAAGAUUUAAGGUACUCUAGAGGAUGAUCAUCCAAAACCUCAAAGAUCCAUGACAGUGAUCUCUCAACUAUUUCUCUCCUUGAGAAUUUUUUUCUCUUACAGAUCCCACUUUAAUGUCUGCAAGCAACAGUUACUGCAACUUUCAAAGAGUUCAGAAAUGUGGUGCUGCUGUGAAACUACACUUUGGGAACCACUGGUCUGGACCAUGUGAUCUUGCUGUGGUUGUUUUGGGUUGUCUUAACAGUACAAAGCACUUUGAGGUGAUAGUAUCUGUAGGUGGAGAUUUUGUGAGGUGCUCAAGUCAUGAAGGUGGAACCCUGAUGAAUGGGAUUAAUGCCUCAUAAAAGACGCUCCAGAGAGAUCCCCGCCUCCUUCCACUGCGUGAGGACACUGGCAGAAGAAUUCACUGGCUGUGAACCAGGAAGAUGUGAUCGUGCUGGCUCCUUAAUCUUGGACUUCCCAGCCUCCAGAACUCAGCUGAGUUCAAGGCUCAAGUGGAGAACACAUAGCUUCAAAGGCAGAAGGAAUCGAAGGUGCUCCCCAGCGUUGGAUGCUUCCUCCACUUGAGAUGCAUACAAAGAUAGUCGGAGUCCUCUGGAGAUGUUUCUUCCUGUGGAAUCUCUACACUUCAUCCGCCCAGACCAUUUACCCUGGCAUCAAGGCUAGGGCUACUCAGCGGGCUCUGGACUAUGGCAUUCAAGCUGGGAUGGAGAUGAUUGAGCAAAUGCUUAAGGAAAAAAACAUCCCAGACUUAAAGGGUUCUGAAUCUCUGGAAUUUCUGAAGGUUGAUUACGUGAACUACAAUUUUUCAAACAUAAAAAUCAAUGCCUUUUCAUUCCCAAAUACUUCAUUAGCCUUUGUGCCUGGGGUGGGGAUCAAGGCACUGACUAACCACGGCACUGCCAACAUCAGCACCGACUGGGAGAUCAAGUCUCCACUCUUCCAAGACACAGGAGGAGCUGAUCUGUUUCUCUCUGGGGUCUACUUCACCGGUAUCAUUGUUCUUGCCCGAAAUGACUUUGGUCACCCAAUCCUGAAGCUCCAAGACUGCUACGCCCAAGUGAACCAUGCCCACGUCUCAUUUUCCGGAGAACUCAGUGUCCUGUACAACUCCUUCGCUGAGCCCAUGGAAAAACCCAUUUUAAAGAACUUAAAUGAAAUGCUGUGUCCCAUUAUCAUGAAUGAGGUGGAAGCCCUGAAUGCCAACCUCAGCACGAUAGAGGUUUUAACCAAGAUAGACAACUAUACUCUCCUGGAUUAUUCCCUAAUCAGUUCUCCAGAAAUUACUGAGAAUUACAUCAACCUGAAUUUGAAGGGCGUAGUCUACCCACUGGAAGACCUCACUGACCCUCCCUUCUCGCCAGUUCCUUUUGUGCUGCCGGAACGCAGUGACUCUAUGUUAUAUGUUGGAAUCUCUGAGUUUUUCUUUAAAUCUGCAUCCUUUGCUUACUUUACAGCUGGAGCCUUCAACGUCACUCUCUCCACGAAAGAGAUUUCCAACCAUUUGGUUCAAAACUCUCAAGGUGUUGGCAACGUGCUCUCCAGGAUCGCAGAGAUCUACAUCUUGUCCCAGCCCUUCUUGGUACGAGUCAUGGCAACGGAGCCUCCCGUGAUCAGUUUACUACCGGGUAAUUUCACCCUGGACAUCCCUGCCUCCAUCAUGAUCCUCACCCAGUCCAAGAACUCAACUGCUGAAGCCAUCGUUUCCAUGGACUUUGUUGCCAGUACCAGUGUUGGCCUGGUUAUUUUGGGACAAAGACUGGUCUGCUCAUUGUCUCUGAACAGAUUCCGCCUCUCUUUACCAGAGUCCAAUCGCAGCAACAUUGAGGUCUUGAGGUUUGAGAAUAUUCUGUCCUCCAUUCUCCACUUUGGUAUCCUCCCGCUGGCCAACGCAAAAUUGCAGCAAGGAUUUCCGCUGCCCAACCCACACAAAAUCUCCUUUGUCAAUUCAGAUAUUGAAGUUUUUGAGGGUUUCCUUUUGAUUUCCACCGACCUGAAGUAUGAAACGUCCUUAAAGCAGCAGCCAAGUUUCCAUGGUUGGGAAGGUCUGAACUUCAUAAAUGGACAGUGGAGGGGGAAGCCAGCUGCUUGAUUGUCUGUUGGGAGUCCACUUCAGGAAGUAGAUGGCCCUUAAUCCCACAGCUACUGUAAACCCGGAAGGGGCAGACAGUACACACUGGGUUGUAAGCCCUAGUGAAAUGCUUAGGCUGACAGUUUUCUUUCUCAAACCCUCAGGGAAGAGGGAGGCAAACUGGGUUAAAGAGCUAAAUCAGGGUGUGUGUGUCUCCACGUGUAUGGAGGGGUGGGUGUUUGGAUGUGUGUUCGUGUUUGAACGCACAUUUGUGUGCUCCUGUGUUAAUAAGGUGCUGGGGCCAAGAGCUAGGCCUGCGCUUCUGAGGAGGUGCCUGAGAAACUCUGAUUUGCGUGACAGCUCCCUUGAGCUCUUUCAGCAACCCAGGGUUUCCCACACUUCCCCGCAUAUUGGAUUUUAUGUUUUAUAUUUACUGCUACUGUCCUCUGUUUUUAAUUAAACUUGUUUUCUAUCAAUGUCAACCUUGUCUUUUUUUUGGAAAAAUUCCCUGCCUUGGAUUUUUUUUUU